AUGUGCGGUGGCGAGCAGCACCGGGAGAGGGUCUCUCCUGUUUGCAACGACAUGACUGGCCUUUGCCCACUGUACGUUUCGGUCUCAGAGCACGAGGUGUGUUUGGAUGAGAACAAUGAGCUCGUUGAAAAGGCCAAGAAGGCGGAGGUUGAGGUGACUUUGGAUCUUGUGCCGCACAUGCCCCAUGCAUUCCAAUGGUGCUCAGCCUUCUUACCUGAAUCGCGGGAGUCUGAUGACCGCAUUAUUGGCUGGAUGCGAGAGAAGCUCCAACACAAGUGCAUGUAG